ACAACUGUCAAUCAAUCAAGCAAAGCCAAAAGCCAAGCAAGCAAUAAAAACAAAAAUAUUACAUUACAUUUGCUUUAUUUAAUUUAUUGAGUAUCAGUUUCUAAUAAUGGCCGAUGAAUAUGCUGCUGUGAAACGUGGGAAACUCAUACUGAAAGGCAUCGAUAAACCCAAAGCUAAAAGGCGCAAACACAGGAAGCACAAAGAUAAACCAGAGACCUCUAAAGUGGACGAGGAUUGCCUGCUGCACGGCGGCUGGUGGCAAGUGAACAAGAUCGAGGAUGUGACGGGGUCCAUAUCACUGGAGUUCGGAAGCAACACUUACAUCUCUGCGUUAGACAACGGCUUGUUCACUAUAGGGGCGCCGCACGGGGACGGGGAGGGCCCGAGCCCCGAGGAGAUAUUCACUGCGUUCCCCGCGGGAGAGACCAAGUUUGCUCUUAAGUCUGGUUACGGGAAGUACUUGGGCGUCAGUAAGGAUGGCGUGGUGGUGGGCCGGUCCGACGCCGUGGGGCCCAUGGAGCAGUGGGAGCCGGUGUGGCAGGAUGGCAAAACAGCGAUCCUCAGUGCGCUAAACAAGUUUGUGAUGGUGAACCCAGAGGACGACUCGGUGGUGGUGAGCAGCACGGCUGCCGGUGAGGCCGAGUUCUGUCGCAUCCGCAGCAACAAGACCCGGGAGGUCAACACCAACGUGCUGCCCGCUGAGGAGCAGGGCAACCUGGCUGAAGUUGAAGUUAAUUAUGUAAAAAAGUUCCAGAAAUUCCAAGACAAGAAGUUGAAGAUCAAUGAAGGAGAUGUGUCAGAGCUGAAGAAAGCCAAAGUGGAGGGUAUCCUUCACGAAACCCUCCUCGACAGGAGAAGCAAGAUGAAGGCUGAUCGAUAUUGUAAAUAGUACUACUUAUGUUGUAGACUAGUGUAAGUAGUGUUUACCUGUUUGUUGCAAUGAUGAUCUGUUAGCAAUUUAAUUAAUAAUGCACAGUUUUCGAAAAUUUAAACAAGCAAUCUUAGAAUAAUUUCAAAUUGGCAAUUUGUAAAUGACCCUGCAUUAUAGUUCAUUAUGGCUUAUGAAUCUUAUGAUGAUGUGCCUAUAAAUAUAAACACUUAAUUAAAUAAAUUGGACACACAAAAUACCAUAUUAAUUUUGAAUUUUAUUUAUUUCGCUCUUAAGAUCAUUCGGUACAGUUGCUUAAACAUUUUUGAGAAUAAUUUUGAAUACACCGCGUCUGAUCGAUGUUACUACAGACACAUAAUACAACAUAGACGGCUCACAUGGCGCGGUACAAUACAACUUUUUAAAAGCAGGGAUCCUGGAAAGCUGCCAUCAAGUUUGCAGGAUAGUUUGCCAGGGACUUUUUUAAUUGCCAAAAUGUAAAUACAGGGCCGUAAUACAUUAUUUGUUAGUAAAAUUUUACGUAAUCGAGCACUUUGUAUGUCCACAGCUUGAAAUGAGCCAUCUACGUUCUAUUCUGUUGCAGUUUCAGCCAAGAUAAUUUGAAUAAACUACCUACAAUGCCUUAUAUAAAACAUAUCUACAUCUAACCGUAGUUAAAUAGACUAGUUACAUAAACCCAGUCUAUAGAAAUAUGGUUGUGAUUCCAUAUACAAUGCCAUAAUAUUGGAAGAGUUUUAAAAAGGGUUGUUGAUUGGUUUACCGAAGCUUGUGUUUUCAGAGCUUGUGGUUUGGCAUUGCACAUUCUGUUCAUUUAAAGUUAAUAAAAAUAAUAAUAUUACGACUUUUUACAAACAGUUCAAGUCAAAAUGGAGAAAUAAAGCAAAACUUAAAUAUUUCAAUUUAAAAUAAUUUAUAUUGUAUUAAAAUUAACUAAAUAUUAUAUGAGACUGCAGAGGACAUCCAGUUUUUGUUAUUAUACAAAGAAAAAGCUGCUUCGGUGGGUAUUUCAAUACAAAGCAAAGAGGGAAUAAAGUGAUAGGUAGUUGUUUUACUCAAAUCUAUGACAAUAUACAAAGUUCCUAGGAGCCCUUCUUGUAACUGUGCCUCUUAUUCACUCUAGAAACCAUCGAAAGGUGUACUGUAAUAAAAAAACACAUUAAAACAUCUACAAGAAAUGUAAAGCGAAAAUGAGUCCCUACCAAUAUAAUUAAACUAACAAUCAAUUCAUCAUGUUGUUUCGAAUUUUAUGAAAUAAGAAGAAACGAUCGAACAAAGUGCCUACAAAGAAUAUAAAAACUCAGAACUAUUCGAAGAUGGCGCUACCAACGACGAUUAACGCCAAUGCGUUGUGAUUGGUGGGCUUCGGCGCCAUUUUGGUAAAUUAAUCAUCAGCUGGGUCAUGACCUGUGGGCUACUCUUGUUUGUCGGUACGUUUAACAAAUCGUAAAUAGUGUAGCAGCUAUUUACGAUUCGUUCUGAAAUUUAAUAUAGUUUUAUGAAGCAAGAUUGGUCUUCUAUGGUCAGAACAUGUUGCAGUAAUUUCCACUUUUAUCAUCUCCAUUCGCUUGUCUAUUCAGGCGCCCUCUAUUGAUGAUUCUAGUACAAUCUAGUUCCAGAUUCCGAGUCUACAAAAUAGCUAAAUUUAACAGAUUAGUAAACUCUGUUUUAUUUACAUUUAGUCGUCAACUUUCUAAAGCGAUAUAUUCUGAUUGGUUCCAAUAGUCUUCAUAUUUAUGUAAUCAGUGGCAUGUAAGGCAAAUUAAUAAAUCCCUGUCGGUUUUUUUUACGUAUCUGCAUUGACCAUUCAUUCAUCUAAUACGCGAUAUUUGCAGCUUCCACAAAUCUUUUAUUUACAUCACCUAAACUACAUUAUAUUUGAUGAAAUACAUUUUGAUGCCUCAUG